AACCCCAUAGCUUAAAACUCAUCUCCAAUAACCCCCCAUCUCCACACCUCCCCCUCUCGGCCGCCCACGCGCUGCUCAUGGAAACGCCAUUUCGAUGAGCCAGCAACACCCCUGGGGCGCCCCGAGACACAACCAGAGCACACGCCUGACCCCAAUCUCGACUGCAUUCGCGCAAGAACAGCGCAACACGCCCUCACCCAGCAACUCGCGUCCCACAUACUCGCCCGCCACCUCCAGCUUCCCUUCACUCCCGCCAGCCACAUCGCGCCUUGUUGGUAGCCGCAAGUCGUCGGCCGCCUCGUCUACUUCGUCGCCCUUCUCGCCCGCAGGACAGCAGCUCCCCGCCAGCCAGCUGCUGUCCUCUCGGUCCAGGACCAUAGCGCCCCAAGCUGCCGCGCAACUGGCUUUCUCCGCCGCAGUAGCCGCUUCACAAGGGGCUGGUGCACAGUCGAGCAGCGGCGGAGGAGCCCCCAAGCUUGUCCGCGCCUCGCCCUCACUUUCGACCUCGAGCACCGUAGGCUCGCCCAGCACCGCUUCCAACCCUUCCGGCGCCUCAACCCAGAAUCUCUCCCGUAUUGUCAUCGCCCAAAUCUUCCUUCUGCUGAGCCAAUUUCAGCCAGUCAAAGACGAUAAAGACCGGUCAAAGUGGGACACGCAAACAGAACAGAUCAGGAAGCUGGUCGACUCAAACGGCAUGGAGGUCUACUCCAAGUAUUUUCGGCGCCUGGUGCAGAACAACGUAACCCACAUCUUCGGCACAGGGGCGCGCAAUGCAGACCCCAACGGUAGCUACCAGAUCCUCGUGACUGAAGUACAGAAGCUGCGGAAGGAGCCCGCGCAAGCAGAUAAGAUUGCUGAGUCAAUCAGCUCGAAUGAAGGUGAUUUGUUUCGCGACUUCGACCUGUCGACGUUCGUGUCGCACUUCAACAUGGACCCGGUCGCAAAGACGAUGCUCGCACUUACUUGCAGAAAGACCGAUCUGCGGCCAAAGGCCGACGUCGUGUUGUCAACUGUCGGUGAUGAUUUGCUUAUGGCGAUCGCGCAACCCAGCCAGCCAGAAGAUAUGAGCCCUGAUUACCUCGCCGCCUUGAUCGAGCGCCUGCUACAAGAUCCGCCCAAGGGUUGGGACGAGGACAAGAAGAUAAGCCUUACAUACGCGGUCCAGAUGCGGUACCAAAAUCUGCACGUACAGAUACCCGGCAUUGUAGAAUCAAAGCUGCUGCUUGUGGAGCUCACAGACGGCUCGCGAAAUCCUCUGGUGAAGCUGGUACAGCGGGCAGGACCACACGGAACGGACUCGGUGGAAGCGUGCAAAGAGAUGCUCGCAUCAGCCGAAACGCGCGACAUCAGCUACCAACAAGUAGCUACAGUGCUUCUCUACUUGGCGCUUUCGACCGGUUAUAACGCAAAGAAUUUUGUAGCCGCACUUCGAGAGCACCGGGCAGGCCAGCGGCUGGACUGGCAGGAUGUCGUACACGCCUUCGAUCGAGAUCACCUGCGCAUCGAAAAACAUCAAUUUCUGGCCAUCUACGACGCUCUACUGCCUAUUGCUCAGGACACAGAAACUUUCGACAUUCAAGCACUCUGGGGAGGGACAUGGCAGCACGACUUAACCCAUCUAUACUUCCUCCUGUGCUAUCUAUCAUGUACGCCACAAGAACUUGACGUGUCUCAGAUUCCACGACUACGCACGUCAUACUCCAUGAAGACCUUCGAAGGUGCCUCGGACGAUAUCAAAUCCUUCGCAGAGCAAGCGGUGAAGCACCCCUUUGUGUCCCUCGACGCCACUGCAGCGCUCUUCAGCAUGAUUUUCCGAACCUCCGAGACGUACCAUACCGCACAAUUGAUGGGCAUUCCCGAUAUGGUCAUCAACCCCCAUACGGCAGAAUUUCUAGUCGCAGCGGCCGCUGUUCCCAAACCUUGGGGCGCUUUGCAGGAGCAGGCGCUUAAGCAGCUAUUCGAUCCGUACUUCCACAAGAAACUUCCUAUUUACAACUUCGUCCUUUAUGGUCUCUGGCAACAGGACCUCCAAUGGCUUAUUGACCGAUUCGUCGACGCCUACAACGCCGAUUCGAUGACGCUCACUCUCGUGCUCGAGCAUGCAGAGGCAAACGACUGGUUGGAGGUCUUGAUCCGCAGUAAUACCGACAUCAGUCUCGACCUCGCUGCGCAGGCACACGCCCGUGGCAAGUUCGAGGUCGAGCCAUGGUUGCAGCAAACAUUCGAGCAGGCUGGCCCACUAUUCCGCCGCAUAUUGACCAACUUCCUUAGCGCUCGGGCUGCAGAGGAAAUGCAGCGAGUACGAGACGACCACCACCCUCUCAGUUUGCCUCUGGCCGUGAAGACAGUCUACCCACUGCUCUGGUUCCUUGCAGAAUGCGGAUUACCAGAACAAGAGCUUCUACCUUUACAACGAAACUGCAUCCAAGCCUAUCCUCGCUUGAUCAACUACGGUGAAGGUGUGGACGAUGUCAUUGAUGCCAACGGCCAACACGGAAACGGCCUACCAGAAGACGCCGACAAGAAAAUGCAGGAACACUUCAAGAAUAUGUAUAGUGGCGAAAGUGACGUACGCGACAUCAUCUCGGUAUUGAAAAAGUACAAGGAAUCGCGCGACCCUGCCGAGCAAGAGUUGUUUGCAUGCAUGAUUCAUGGCUUAUUCGACGAAUAUAAUUGUUUUGGUGAAUACCCACUAGAGGCAUUAGCAACAACUGCUGUGCUCUUUGGCGGGAUCAUCAACUUCAAUCUGCUUUCGAGAAUUGCGCUCCAGGUUGGAUUGGCGAUGGUCUUGGAGGCCGUUCAAGAGUAUAGGCCCGAGGACUCGAUGUACAAAUUCGGACUUCAAGCACUCCUACACUUUUCGAAUCGGUUGUCUGAGUGGCCCAAUUAUUGUGACCAGCUUUUGAUCGUUCCAGGACUCCAAGGAACGGAAAUCUUCGCCAAGGCUGAGGAGGUUGUCGGCCAACAAGAGGGCGAGGUUAAUGGAGACGGUCAAAACGGCAUUGGAUUGACCAACGGCAAUGGCAUCGAAGACACUCUUCAACAAGAAUCCGCUAUACCGAAGUUUACCUGCCUCCAUGUUGACUCACCGCUCCGGCCAGAACUCUACGAAGAUCCAGACGAAGAUGUACAAGACAGGGUGCUGUUUGUGUUGAACAACGUGUCCGAACGUAAUUUACUUGACAAGAUCACGGAUCUCACCCAGGCCGUCGAGGAUCGACAUCAUCAAUGGUUCGCCAACUACCUUGUUGAAGAACGUGCGAAAAUGCAGCCAAACUUCCAACAACUGUAUCUCGAUAUAUUGGAACUCUUCGAUGACAGGAUCCUAUGGGCAGAGGUCCUUCGCGAGACGUAUUCCAGCGUUAUCCGCAUUCUCAAUACCGACUCUGCGCUCGGUUCGACAGAGCGUGGCCAUUUGAAGAACUUGGGCUCUUGGCUUGGUUCCUUGACGAUUGCGCGCGAUCAGCCAAUCAAGUUUCGGAACAUAUCUUUCAAGGACCUGUUGCACGAGGGUCACGAUACCGACCGUCUAUUGCUUGUAAUACCAUUCACCUGCAAGGUGCUGGUACAGGCUGCGAAGUCUACAAUCUUUCAACCGCCUAAUCCAUGGUUAAUGGAGAUGCUAGGUGUACUAAUGGAGCUGUAUCAUUACGCGGAUCUGAAGCUAAACCAAAAAUUCGAGAUCGAGGUCCUCUGCAAGGGCUUGGAUUUGGAUCAUAAGGAAAUCGAACCCACCAAGACCAUUCGAGGACGACCACAAGCCGACGAGGAGUUCCUUGGGUCGAUGGUAACAGAUGGAAUGGAAGCAUUUGGGGACUUGUCUAUCAUGAGCUUAAACCGUACCCGAGGCCCCAGCGAGCGCUUCUCAUCCGCAGCAAUUACCGCCGCUCUACCCGACUUCACAAAUCAGCUGCAGUACCCACCCUCUGGAAACGUGGUCCCUCCCGCGGGUCUGAAGAAGAUUUUCCUUACUGCUGUCAACCAGGCUAUUCAGGAGAUUAUCGCUCCGGUAGUCGAACGAUCCGUGACCAUUGCCGCUAUCUCGACAUCGCAACUCAUCAACAAGGAUUUUGCGAUGGAACCGGAUGAGGAGAAGCUCCGCAAUGCGGCUCACACUGUCGUCAAAUCCCUAUCUGGUGCUCUGGCUCUUGUAACCUGUAAAGAGCCUUUGCGCAUGAGUAUCCAGAACAACAUUCGUGUGACGGCAAGAGAUCUCCCUGAGCAUGCCCUGCCUGAGGGACAUAUUUUGAUGUUCGUGAAUGAUAACCUCGACCUUGUCUGCAACACUGUCGAACAAGCUGCUGAAAUGUCAUCUCUUGCUGAGAUCGAUAUGCAAAUCGAAGAAGCUGUCCGAAUUCGCCGAAUCUUCCGCAACACUCGUCCAAAUGAGCCCUUCAAGGACGCCAACAUCAGCCCAUGGGCUUUCUACAUCCCAGAGCCGUACAAACAGACCACAGGAGGGUUGAACCGAGAACAACUAGCUAUCUACGAAGAUUUUGGUAGACAAUCACGAGGUGCCCCUCACGCGAACAAUAACUCGCAAGACAGCGGGAGACAAGUCCCGGAUGUCCUUCAAGAUCAGUUCGCCGCAGUACCAAACCUACCAACCCCUGGUGCUGCACCAGCGGAGCCGCGUCAACCCGCGCAGCAACCUCGACUACAGAGUCUCCAGUCAUCACACGCUCCUUCCGCCCAGCAACAGUUGAAUGGCUACAUCGAGAAUGCCGGUCCGGAGCGAGGCCAGCGCGGCGUAGAGGACCUGCUCAUUGAACUCACGCGUGUCAUUAAAGAGGCUCCCGAGGAGCGCAUCAACGACCUUCAAGCUGGCAGCAGCACCAUUCACCAAGUCUUCGACCAGUUGAUUUCGAGCAUUGAGUUUGCCGGCCCAAAUAAGGACACAUGGGCUUUCCGCAUCGCUGGACAAGUCACAAACCAUCUCUUCUCGGAUUCGCUAAGCCGCCUAGAGAUUGAGGUCAUGGCGCAUCUCCUCAGUCAUUUGUGCCAAUUGUCCGUCCAGACCUCCCGACAAGUGUUGAUGUGGCUAGCUACUCUACAUGACGAUGACCGUAUCUUCAAGGCCACAGUCAUGGUAGCGCUAAUGGAAGUAAGCCUCAUGGACAUGCACCGCCUGAAUACAACCAUCGCGAAGGCUAUCCAGGAGCGUCGUGUGGCCGCAGUAGAGAUGCUUUCUAGCUUGAUGGAAGAGUUACUACUCAACGAGCAUCCAAGCGCAUUCCGUGCUGACUUCGCCCAAUCCAUUGAUGCUCUUACCAACUGGCUAGCAGAAGAUGACGCAUUUGAGCUCGGAAAGAGUGUGAUCGCCAAUCUACAAGCGCCGCCCACAGAGUCGUCUCUGACUCCACCUGCAUCUGCGCUUGUAGAUCAACUUGAAUACGUCUUUGACGAAUGGGUACAUCUGCAACAUUCCGAAGCGCCGAAGAAGACCGUCGGCGCCUUCAUCUACCAGCUUCACAAGCAAAAGAUAAUGGAAACUCAGGAAGCAUCCAUUGAGUUCAUCCGCACCUGCGUUGACACCUCUGUCAUUGCGUAUGAGCGCGAACACUCACUACCAUAUGGCACGGGGAAUGAAGACAUUGCGACCAUCAAGGUCGAUGCCCUUGGCAAACUGAUCGUCGACCUUGUCGUCUACCAAGGGGAACAAGAUGGUGCCGUCAAGGAGAGCAAGGCGAGGUAUUUGGACCAGAUUCUUGUUGUCGUGGUGCUUGUCCUUUGCCAUCAUCAUAACGCGCGUGGGGAUGCCUUCAACCAGAAGGUCUUCUUCAGACUUUUCUCUACGAUACUGUUCCGACUCAACGAAGCCGUCAAGGAUGAGGCCUUGGCUGACCAGAAGGCCGAUAUCUUCAUGUCUGUUGCUAGGGCACUCUUGAUUCUGCAGCCAAGCCACUUUCAGCGCUUCACCUUCUCUUGGUUGGCACUCAUUGCACAUCGCAUCUUUAUCCCAGCCAUGUUGGAGGCGGGACAGAAAGACGAACGCUGGGAUGUAUAUGCUCGGCUCAUGGAGACGCUCUUGAUCUUUACUGGUCAGUUGAUCAAGCCAACCGGAGAGACGCUCAUGGCUCAGCAGUUCUACCGUGGCGUUUUGCGUGUGUUACUCGUGAUUCACCACGACUUUCCAGAGUUUCUCGUUGAAAACCAUUUCCGCUUCUGCAACAGCAUCCCAAUGCACUGCACGCAACUGCGGAACCUGAUAGUCAGCGCAUACCCAUCUACUAUCCUGGAGAUGCCCGACCCAUUUACCGCAGGACUCAAGGUGGAUCGGCUGGAGAACGAUCUACAGGCACCAAUCAUCCGCGCAGAGAUUGGACAGAUCCUUGUGGACGCGGGUAUCAAGAGCACCAUUGAUAGCCUUCUUAAAGGCUCCGAUAUCAAGAACCAAGACGUGGAGAAGGUUUGCCAAGCGGUGUACUAUUCGCAGGCGAAGGCUGCGGCUUUCGAACUAGUCCCAACCACCGCCGACCCAGCUUUGAUCCAUGCAAUUACUCUCUAUAUUGGGAUUACAACCUUGGGUGCUGGGACAGCCAGUGCGCCGCUGUUUGACGAAAACAGUGCAGCUGCCAAAGUCAUCGAGAGACUGGUGAAGGACUUCCACCCUGAAGCAAGGUUUCACUUCAUCAGCGCAAUUGCCAAUCAGCUCCGCUUUCCAAAUACCCACACCCAUUUCUACAGCUAUACGCUUUUACACCUCUUUGGCCCUCCCAACAACGAUUCGCAAUCACUGGAGAUCCAAGAGACCAUUACCCGUGUGCUCCUGGAACGCCUGCUAGUUCAUCGUCCUCACCCAUGGGGACUUAUAAUCACGCUGCUGGAAAUAUUGAAGAAUCGCGUCUAUGCAUUCUGGGAGCUGCCGUUCGUCAAAGCAGCGCCCGAAGUUGAGCGGCUUCUCAACGCUCUUUUCACCCAUGCGCAACAGAGUCCUCGACCACUGGCUUAGUCGGUCAGUGGAUCGACAGGGCGAACUGACUCUAGAUGUUCCUCAUCGACCAUCUUAUCGUUGGGAUGCUUAGAUAGCAGCAUCAACACCUUACGAUUAUUGCAUUUACGUGCGUAGCGGGUUUUCUGGUUUCGCCUUAUUGCAUGGUCAUGGAGCUCGUCCCCUUCUCCUAAUUACCCUAUUGCCUUCUCUUCGUUGACUACGGUUCAAGGAAUCAUCUCUGGGCUGGCCGGUAAAAUGGGAUGAUGACAACGACCGUAUGCGGGCAAAAUAUAAGAGUGGGCCCGCAAAAAUACCUACAGCUCUGGACGGAUGGGGAUCCUUGGCCUCUCUCAUUGGCGAUACAAAAAAGCACGGCGUUUUCCAGGUUGGGUAUUCUUAUUUACGGCGACGAGUUACUAUUCCCUUGCGCAUUCUUGUAGAGUAGCAUUUGCUUGGCGAACUACUAGGGAUGACUGGGAGGAGAGCUAGU